GAUUCCGUAGCUGUGAGAAGCGCAUGCGGAAGUGCGUGCUAACAAUCAGCAGUUGGUGCCAGUCACUGCCAGCAGCUGGUACUGAGUGUCAGCGGGACCUCACUCACUGAGUGUCACAGGGAGCCGGGAGGGCACAGACCGUGAGAUGGGGAAUGACUAACAGCCCUCCAAACCUGCCAGGAGGAACCAUCACACAGCAAGGCGAGCAGGGAGCAUCACACAGCAAGGAUGGCAGAGAAGAAAUUCCUGGUGGCCCAGCUCACAAACUAUUUAAGGGAGGAUCAUAUUCAACUAUGGAAGGCCCCAUACACCACGGAAAAUCAGGAAGCUGGCUGCGACAUCAAAGUGCUGGCGCAGAGGUAUUGCAGCAGGCUGAACUACGCUGUGGAUGAUAUCACUAGUGCUUUGGAGGAGAUCCGCUGUUUAGCUAUACAGCGAGGUGCCAGAAACCAGGCAUUUAAAACCAAAGGAUUGGCCUCGUUACAGGUCUUCUUGCCCCGUAAAGUAAAUCAGGAGUCCAAGAACAUUAUGGAAACUCCACUGAAUAUCACCGGCAAAGAGUUUAAGUGUCAGAUAGCACAAACGUACGGAUUGCAAGAAAAUUACAUUAAAAUAAUUAUUAACAAGAAACAGCUUGAAAUCGGUAAAACUCUGCAGGAGCAAGGUAUCGGCCACAACGUCAAAGUGCUGGUUCUUGAGUUAAAUUACACAGAAGAGGAAGCCAAGAAGCGCACCCAUGAGGAGGAGAAAGAGCGAGAAAGCGAGCUGAAAAAUGAGGAGACUAUGAAAAAGAAGGUGUUGCGCACAAAAAAGGGUCUAGAAAUUCUGGCGGGGAGAGGUGAUUUUUAUGAUGUCGACACCACUCCUUGCUUAGAAAUUGCAAAUCAGACCGGAAAAGCAAUCAAAAUCCCACAAGCUUCGAAAAAGGCGUUAAUGCUUGCCAUGGGUUAUCACGAACGAGGACGAGCAUUCCUAAAGAGAACGGAAUAUGCUUUAGCACUAACCUUCCUUCUGGAUGCAGACAAACACUUCUGUGAGUGCGGCAAGGAGCUUCUGGACACCGUUGAUAAUUAUGCAGUUCUACAACUUGACAUUGUGUGGUGUUAUUUUCGCCUGGAGCAGCUUGAUUGCUUGGACGAUGCAGAGUCCAAGCUCAAUAUAUCCCAGAAGUGCUUCAACAAAUGUUACGGAGAGAACCAGGAGCGCCUGAUUAACAUAAAGGGAAGUUAUGGACGAGAGAAAGUCCUUUUUUUAAGACUGUACCUUCUACAGGGAAUAGUGAGUUAUCACGGUGGGAAGGCCACUGAAGCAGGUGAAAGGUUCACCAAGGCAAACCGCCUGUACAAUGAACUAUCCAUAGACCCCAGCAAAGUGGAGAAUCUGUUGAUAUUGGGAUGCUCUGCUCAGGAUGCUCGCCUGGCAUUGCGAGCCUGCGAUGGGAACAUAGAACAUGCUGCCAACCAUAUUGCAAUGAAAAAAGAGGAAAAAGAAAAAAUGAAAAAAGAAGAACGAGAAAAGAGACGCAAGAGGUUGGAUAAAAUAAAUACCCUGAGAGGCAUGGGGUACUCAGAGCGUGCAUCGGCUGAGGCUCUCAGUAACACAGGCGGAAACAUUGAACGAGCUAUUCAGCUGCUCCUUGAUCAUCCGGAAAUGUUGAUAUCACAUGACAACGCAGUUAGCAGCGAGUCCUACAAUCCGCCACAGGAAAGUAUUGAUCAGCUGGUCUAUAUAGGUUUCGCUCCAGAUGCAGCAGAGGCAGCACUCAAGAUUUUCCAAGGGAACAUUGAAUUAGCCUCUCAGAUCUUGACUCAUCAUCAAGGCGCUCUACCUCCUCAGCUACUGCAAGAGCUGGAGAAAGCUCCUCCAGAAAAAGAGACCUCAUCGUCUUCAGAGACCUCCUUGUCAUCUUUAGAGUCUCCAGGGACCAGUACAUCAAGUGUCGAUGAAUCAGACAUUGAUCCAGUCAAGGAAAUUCUGGAUGAUAUCCCGGAGCACGAAGAGGAUUAUCUGGACCUGACUUUAGAGGAAGAAGGAAGAGUCCUUGCGGAAUAUCUUUCUUACUUAGAAAAGCUACAAGGUGUGGGUGCUUCAUGAUUCUACCAGCAGGAAAUCUGACUUGCAAUGAUUAAAGCCGUAGUACUCUGUGGCAAUCUUUUUACUCAGCAUUUUAAGGUUCUUUAUGAAUACUUUUGCUUUAUACAAUUUUUUUUUUUACAAUCUAGAUGUGGGAGCAAUACUUUAGCUUUAAUGUGGGUUGGGCUAUUUUAUAUAAAAAAAAUAAACAACAAAGGACGGUUUGUAUACCAAUUCUGGUUAAAAUUGCACUUAGGCACAUGCCGCACUAUGAAGGACUGUCCUAAUGUAGCACUUCUGUAACUUUUUAAGCUUCUUGGGGAGGUGAUGCUGCCUGGACCCCCGAGUGUGUGUUCUAUUUCUCUGCUGCACUCUUCAGCCCAGUAAGUACUUCAUUAGUAUAUAUACUGGGGUUGAAGGAACACUAUAUAGUUAGGAAUACAAAAGUGUAUUCCCUACGCCAUAGUGUCCCAAUGCACUAAAAUUAUUGUAACCGCAACGUUUCGGCUGUGUGUCUUUAUCAAGCAAAUCUGGUAGACGGCCACUAGAGGCAGUCUUAACCAUUUAAUGUAAACAUUGCAGUUUUUCUGAAAAUGCGGGGUUUUACAUUGAAGGGUUAAGAUGGACAGGGACACUGCACCCAGACCACGUCAAUGAGAUGAAGGAAUUCGGAACUGUGAAUUCUUUUGAUAGCCGUACUGAAAAGCCAGCACAAACAAAUGGGAUAAAAAAGAAAAAGAGUUCCAUUUGUAUUUUUGAUGAUUUUGUUAUUUUCCAAAAGAGUUUUUAAAGCAACAUGGACAUUAGUGUUAAUAUAUUAAGUUAUGUAUUUUUCUAUUAAUAGUUCUAGUUGUAUUGCUCCUCUUUAAAAGAAGCACUCCAGAAAAGUUACAAGUUUCAUAGCAAUAGCAACCUUUACGUAACAUCAUAAUCAAGGGGAAGGUUGUGCUUCUAUGACCUUGUGUCCAUUCGUGACUUUGUGUAAAUCUUUACUUAAAGGUACAGUAACAUCUCAUCUGUAGUCUGUUUUGGGAUCAUACCAUCCAUAGCAAUAUGGUACAAGUUCGAGGUACAAGUUCAGAGGUGGGAAUUUACUAUAAGCCUGGCUUAGCAUCACAGAAAAGCCAUACUCAAGCUUCUGUGUCAAAGGUUCUACAUCUCUGCCGAUAUAAAAGGCUUUUUAAUAUAAUUCCAAUACAGCGUAUAUUUUAUCAGAACAAAAUCUAUUCCUUUACUGAGAUUAGUGCAGGUCUUUUGAUCCCACUCGCAGUUUCUUUAUAUUGGAACACUACGAAACCGUUAUCUCAGGCUUGGUUUAAUAAUUUACUUGGCAGAUUAGUUGGCAGUUCU